GGCGGUUGUGGUCGCGUGGCAAAGCGAGGUGGGGAGAGAGAGGGAGGGUGGUGAUGGUCAUCCGGAUAAGUGCGGAGCUUCAAGAUAUCCUCCUCAUCGUCAUCAGCUUACGAAAAGGGACAGCCCCCGCGGCGAUCGAGAUAGACGAUCGGAUUUCUCCUCCUCACUCGUCGAGGAAUUUUGCAUUUUGGGGUUGUGAUCCAUCGGACUCAUCUGCGGAUGAGCGAAAAAAAGGAGAACAAUUUGCCUGUUGUUGUUGUUGUUGUUGUUGUUUCUUUGUGGAAAAAAUCGGUUCUGUUCUCGCCAUAGAGAAGUGAAUUUAAGCCGCCGUUGAUCGGCGAAAAGAUCUGUGGCAUUCGAGCCAUUCCGCUCACCGGACGCGGAAUCAGUGUCUAAGAUUCGACUUUUAGGUCGUUUUGGGGCGGAUUUGGCGCCCUUGAACUGCUCCACUGCCGCCGCGCCAUGGCGAACUCGUCCGGAUCAGUGGGCUACUGGCGGAAGUUCUUCCGCAGCGCCGACUCCGACAUCUUUGAUGUGAUCGAGCAAGCGAUUCUCGUCGCCGCCUCCGAUCACCCCGAGGAGCUGCGGACCCGGCGGGACCGGAUCGUGGAGAAGUUUUUCACAGCGCUGCUCCCGCGCUGUUUUGCCUGCGAUCGCGUCGAGCCGCAAGGCGCCGAGGCGGAGGAAGGGCGCGGCAGCGUGAAAAGAGUUGUAGCCUUAGAAAAGGACAGCAAGAUCGACAGCUGCAACGACGACCCCGACUUCUCCCACCGCCUCGUCAGCAACUACACCUUCGACGAGGCGGAGGCGCUCACUGAGGAGAUCGAAGAGGAGGGCCAAACACUCGAAGAAGUCCGGCGGAUCAAGGAGCUCCUCUCCCACCAUCAGGAUGAGUCCGAUAACAUCUUGUUCGAGUCACUGAGGAGGCUUCAGCUAAUGGAACUCACCGUUGAUGUCCUCAAGGCGACCGAGAUUGGAAGGGCUGUUAAUCUUUUGCGAAAGCAUGCUUCGAAGCAAAUUCGCCACAUAGUGCGAACUCUCAUCGAUGGCUGGAAGGUUUUAGUUGACGAAUGGGUCAGUGCUACCGCUGCCAUUGCUGAGAACUCUGUGCAUUCUCUUCCUUCUGGUGAGUUUGAAGAGGAAGGGCUUCCCUUUCCUCCAUUAGAUGAGGGAGCUCUAUUUGCUGUUCAGACUACCUCCAUCCCACUUUCUGCGUUCUUCGAUGGAAUGGACGAUGAUGGAAAUCUUAGGAACAGUAGGGACUUCGACAAGAAAUGCGAAACUGGAAGAAACCAGAAGGAUGAUCGCAAACAGCUGAUGGAGCAAUCAAAGUUGGCAAUUUCGGAAGAAAAGCUUCAUAUGAGAAAAUAUGAAAAUGAGAUGAAGCAAUCAAAGCCGCAGACAAUUUCUAUUGGGAACCCAAACUCACAAAACAUUCCAAGUAACCAAUCUAAGCUGUUGAUUGCUGAAUCGGGGCCUGGCAGACCGACAAGGUAUACCUCUGAGCAACAAAUAUGCACUGAGAUGAAAACGAAAUGGCAGCAGGAUACUGCUACAAUUCAGAGGAAGAUGCCAAUGAUUCCCCAAGAAAAAUCAAAAUGCUCUGAGGAAUCAUUUGUUCGGGCUAAGCUGGAAGCGGCAAAGCGCAAACUUCACGAAGGCUAUCAACAAGCAGAAAAUGCAAAAAAACAGCGAACGAUACAAGUGAUGGAGUUGCAAGAUUUACCAAAGCAAGCUCACAUCAACAGGCAACCUAUUCAGAAAUUCAGAAAUCAAUCUAGGAAUUGGGCAAAUAGGUAGAACUAGAUCUGUCAAUCAUGCAAAUGCAAUGUGAAAGACCAUUGCUCUACCACUUGGUGUAGCUUGCUGUUGAGUAACUGUAUGUACGCGCUUUAACUCAUCGCUAAUUCAACCAAAGAAUUCUGAUAUUACUUCGUAAACCACCAAAGUUAUAUGAGUUAAGUUUUCUCUGUUGCAA